AUGAUUAAGUUGUUCGAAGCUAUCAAAUUUGAUAGAUUAGCAGGCGAUAUUGCUGAAAGAACUGCACAGAAAUGGGCCAGGAGAAUGAAAGAGGAUAAAGAUUGGGAUAUCCUCGAAAAACAAACCAAUAAAAUCAAUAAAUCAGCUGGCCAACUUGAUGAGAAGCAUAAGAUUCACCUUUUAAAUUUUUAUGAUAGUAAUCCUCAAGCUAGGGUCGUGGAUGCAGUUUGUUCACUUGAUGAAAGGUUCGAAUCAUUCACAUUGAAAGAAUCAAGUGUGAGAAGUUUUCUCAAAACAGAAUACAACCUUUCAUUCAAAAAAACUAUUCGUUAUCCAGCUCCCAGAAACGAUCCAACAAAAAUUGCAAACCGCAUAGCGUGGGUUAAGAAGUGGCGCAAAACAGAUAUGGAUUACCUUGAAAACUGUGUUUUUGUUGAAGAAUCAGUUUUCUAUAUCAAUAUGAGACCUCCAGGAGGAUGGCUUAUUAAGAGCACACCAGCUAUUGUAAUCACUCCUACCACCAUAGCAGUACCACACAGUUUUGGGAAAGCACCAUCAAAACCAAAGAAGCCUGCCUCCAAAGAAACUAUCACUGGCCAUUAUAUGAAUUUUAUUCAGAAAACAAUGAAUGAAAUGGAUUGUAUUCCGGAAAUGAAAGGAUAUUAUAUAGUUAUGGAUAAUGCACCGAUCCAUACAUCUAACGAGAUUGAUACUAUUGUGACAGAGAGAGGAUAUAAGUACAUUUACCUCCCUCCUUACUAG